UMUCUAUGUCGUUGCAGAAUAUGGUGUCUGUGAAAACCUACGGAAACUGGAGAUCACGGGAGUGUCCUGUCGAGAUGUUUAUGCCAAACGUAUAAACCCACGAGUGAAGUCGGGGCGUUUUAUGAAAAUCCUUCCCGACUACGAGCACAUGGAGUACAGAGAUGUUUACACCUGCCUGCUGCACCGGUACCGACACAUCUUGGGAUUAUGGCAGCCGGACAUUGGGCCCUACGGGGGACUGCUGAACGUGGUGGUGGAUGGUUUGUUCAUCAUCGGGUGGAUGUAUUUGCCUCCUCAUGACCCCCACGUUGAUGAUCCGAUGAGAUUCAAACCUCUCUUCAGGAUUCACCUCAUGGAGAGGAAAUGUGCCACUGUUGAGUGUAUGUAUGGCCAUAAGGGACCUCACAACGGCCAUAUCCAGAUUGUAAAGAAGGAUGAGUUCUCCACGAAAUGCAACCAGACAGAUCACCAUCGAAUGUCCGGGGGAAGGCAGGAGGAAUUCCGCACGUGGCUGAGGGAAGAGUGGGGUCGGACCCUGGAAGACAUUUUCCAUGAACACAUGCAAGAGCUCAUCUUGAUGAAGUUCAUCUACACCAGCCAAUAUGACAACUGCUUGACAUAUCGACGCAUCUACCUCCCUCCUAGCAGCCCCGAUGACCUUAUAAAGCCAGGUCUCUUCAAAGGAACAUAUGGGAGCCAUGGGCUGGAGAUUGUCAUGCUGAGCUUCCAUGGAAAGAAAGCCAAAGGGACUAAAAUCACCGGAGAUCCCAACAUCCCAGCCGGGCAGCAGACGGUGGAGAUCGACCUGGCCCAUCCUCUUCAGCUCCCUGACGUCGAGAACCUACGUGACUUUAGUGAGCUCUCUCGCAUCGUCCUCGAGGUCCAGGAGCAGGUGCGCCGCGAGGAGCAGGAGGAGGAACAGCGGCAGGAGGAAGAGGAUGGCUCCCAGCAAGCUGCCUCCCAGCCCUCUGCACAGCCCCACGGAGGAGACGGUGCCGUGGGGGAAGAGACUGCGGUUGGAGCUGAAGGGGUGGCCCAGGACAAGACACCAGCUUCCCAGCCCUUCGUGCUGCCCAUGGGAGUCAUAUCGAGGAAUGAAGACUAUCCUAGGACCUGCCGAAUUUGUUUUUAUGGGACGGGGCUUAUUGCCGGCCAUGGCUUCACCAGCCCGGAGCGAACRCCGGGUGUCUUUGUCCUCUUCGAUAACGACCGUUUUGGCUUCAUCUGGUUGGAGCUGAAGUCCUUCAGCCUCUACAGCCGCAUCAAGGUCUCGUUCCAGAACGCCGAAGCGCCUUCCCGGGAGGCUUUUGACGAAAUGCUGAAGAACAUUCAGUUGCUGGCGACUUGACGGGUGAUUUGGGAUGGACAGGGCUAGGGGUGGCAAAGGCCGCUGCACUCCCUGGCYAGGGAUGGGAUGGGAGAUUCCUUGCUCUCAGUACCUCUGAAUAAAAGCAUGCACUUUUUAAAGCCUUUUUACCCCAAAAUGUACACAUCCCUGUUAGAAUAUUCAUGACUGCCUCCUCACGUUUCUCCCUGGCAGUCCUUGUUAUCCAGUCUGUAACAUAGCUUUGUAUGGCUGAAGGGAUCCUGCAGAGGAGGAAGCAGAGCUUUCAUAUUGCAAAAAGGAUAUAUCAGAACAAAAUUAACUCAAGGGCAGAAUUGGAUCAGAAGUUGGACUGGGCUGGUGGAAGCCCUUGGCUCUGUCCACUGGCAGUCUCCCAUGGGAAGAGACCUUCCUCUGGGAGAGGACUCCUUUAAGCUUGUGCUGUGUUCCAGGCCAAUCAGCCCUCCUAGGAGACCUGCAUUUCUCUCCAGAAAACUUGUGAGGCUUCUGCUGCCGACUGGCUGCUCACACUGAUUGUGUCAGAAGUGACAAAGUGUCCUCUUCUCCAGAAGGCCUUCCCUGGGUGCAUCGUUGCCCAGAGGAACUGGUGGAACACCCAUGACUUGACAAAGUUGGAGGAGGAGGUUUCCUUUGAGACCUUCUCACCUUGGGGAAGAUCUGCACAGUAAAUGAUGAUGUGCACGGCCGUGCUCGGGCUUCUGAAGUUCCCAUCCCUGCCUGUCUUCACAGCUUUUAUUGUGACCCUCGCAGGGGUUUUUGCCAUCUUUGGCUUUUGUGUGUUCCCUCCAGCUGUGCGAGAACUGAGAUUUUGAGGUCAUGCCACUUGCAGGACUAAUCCCUGUCUCUUUGCAUAGAGGUUUUUCAAACCACUGGGAGUUUGAAGGUGAUUUGGGACCCUUCUUUCUUCCCUUCCUGCGGCUUUGUCGCUAGUGGAAAACCUGUCAGUGUCAGAGGAGAGGAUCAGAAGGGCUGUUACUGUUCUGGUGAAUGAGCUAUAAAAAGCAAAUUAGUUCUGAGCAACCUGCUGGAUGUGUCAGCAGAGGGAAGAGUUGUCCUGUGUCUCGCCCCAUCAUUCAGGCCUGGCAGAGAUGCUGGGGGAAGGAGGGACAGGGGCAAUUCUCUGAUCAUUGGCUUGAGGGCAGAGAGGUGACCUGAGGCUGAACUUGGGCAGCUGCUGAGAAGCAAAAUGUGCACUUAGAUCUUGUAGGAAGAAAUUUCAAGCUCAAUCGUGCGAUUUUCUGGGUUACCUAAAGACAUUAGGAGUCUGAGUGGCCGGUUUAUUUGGGGACUGCCUGUCAAGCUGCUUUGUAUUGCUCUGUAGCRUGGCCUAAAGGGUGAGAGGGGUCCGCUUGGGCAGCUUUUUCCAUAGCUUGUCCCUAAAACCAGUUCUAUGUCAACUGCAAAUGGAUCUAUAGUUUUAAUUUGUGGCUUCCUUCUUCCUUUCGUGUUCCAGUUGCCCAAAACAGAAAAUCCUAAAGUUUCUCCUAACAAUCUUAGUAGUUCUUGGUUUUCUUUCUUAGSAUAAGAUUGCAAAUGCAGUCUGCAUUGAGUGCACUACAAGCACUUGAUUUGAGUCAUUGUCCCUUAAGGACAGACGCUGCCUCUGAAGUCAGUCUCCUCCCUGUACCUUGCUGUGUCUGGCUGGCCGAACGUGUCAGCCUGAUUCACUAAUGAGUCAAAAAGUGGGUUUUGGAGCCAUAACCUGCUGCUUUSGUUGUCCUCAUGCACAGAGGAAGGCAGCGAUGCUGUGCACAGCAUUGCAGGUCUGCCUAGCCGCUUGUGCAAGAUCCUCUUGGUCGCCUGUUGUGCAUCUGCUGUUGUCCAGGCUGGGGUGGUUCUUGUAGCUUGUCACUUCCCAACCGUGUCCGGCGUCGAGUCCCUGCUGGACACGAGGCCUGGCUGGUGCGGAGAAGGGCUGUGCGGAGGCUGGAUGUGCUGCAGGAGCCUUGCAGAGAUCAGCUUUGCCCUUGCAGAAGCUUCCUUUUAUUUAUAGUGUACCUGAUUGGCCUCAAAAUGUCAGAAUGUACCAGGCCCAAUUAAAGGCCAAGCUGCUGGUACAUUGCGGCUUUAUUCUGUGCAGAGCAAAGACAGCAAAAAUAGCCAAUUCUUAUUAACGYGCCUCCUUUUUCCUCUCACCUUCCCCUCCCGAAAGCCUCGUAGGCUUUUGUGGCAUUUCAGAAGCAAAUUCCCUCCGAUUUGGCUGGCUGAGUGCAGAGAAUUGGCAAGAGGGCAAAGCAAGGGAGACAGGGACACUGAAUACUCUUCCUCCCUUGGGUUUUUUGUUCUGCCUCUCCCUGUGAGCGCUGAUGACCGUGCUGACAGGGCAGGGUUUUGCUGGGCCCGUUCCUGUUUGGUGCAGGCUCUGCCGCCUCCUUGCACAGGAUAUUUUGGUGCACACCCUGCUUGUUUCUUGAACCCCCCUUUGUCACCAUUCUGGGAUGUUCCUCCGAGUCGUGCAUGGGGUUAAUAUGCGCUGGGGUGAGGAACAUCUGACUGCUGCUGCUGUCACCUCGCCCUGUUCACUUUCCAUAGAUAACCUUGGGGACAAUGAGCACAUUUCUUGGUGCCAGGCACGUGGAAAGCACCAGGGAAGAUGGAAAAUAACCCGUCGGUGGUAGGGAAUGCUCUCUUGGCACAAGCGUUUCGAAGUCAAUGAGCCAAGUGCUGCAAUUAGGUCGUGCAGCAUCACUGCCCUAAUAGCUAGCAGAAGACCCAAACGGGGACUUAAUUCUAGC